GUGAGUUCUCAAUAUGAGGUCUCUUUCUUGUCUUUUUGUGCUGGGGGUGGCUGUAAUGUUGGGGUUGCAUUUCCACCACAGUGUUACGGAGUCCAUAUGUGGGGCGUAUGCACCCGGGGACAUCAUCAUUGGGAUUCUGAGUUCAGUUCACCACGACAUAAAAGAUCUUCAGCCUUGGAUCCUUCCAGAUACGUCUGCCUGUAUAAACUUUGAUCUUGUAACAUUUGUUCAAUUCUUAGCUUCAAUUCACACAAUUGAAAUGAUCAAUGACUCUGGAUUUCUUCCUGGGAUUCAGCUUGGAUAUCUGAUGUGUGAUCCGUGUGCGCAUGCAGCCAAAGCUGUACAGUGUGUGCUGGAUAUGCUGGCUGUUAAUGGGUCACUUACAGUCCUCUCUGACUUUUCAAAAUUCAGUCCACCUGUGAAAGCCUUUUUAGGCGAGAGAUACACUGAAACAUCUAUUCCUGUUACCAAACUGUUCAGCUUGUACAAGAUUCCCCAGGUAGCUUGCACAUCUUCUGCAGCAGCCCUAAGUGACAAGUUACGCUAUACAUCCUUCUUUCGUGUCAUUCCAAGUAACAUAUACCAGGCGCAGGCGCUGGCAAAGCUGAUGAGGCACUUUAACUGGGACUGGAUUGGGGUUGUGUACCUUGAUGAUGAUUAUGGUAAAGGUAUCCAUGAGAACUUUGUGGAACAUGCAGCUACAGAGCAGAUAUGCUUUCACUUCGAUGAAAUGGUAUCAAACUACAUUGAUGUGAAACAGCGCAUCAAGCAGGUGGCUGAUAUUAUCCGAAACUCCACUGCUAAAGUUGUGGUGCUCUUCCUAAGAAUUCAGCAGGUAGAGAUGCUCUUUGAAGAGAUGAUUAAGACAAACACUUCUCGAAUCUGGAUCGCCAGUAACACAUGGUCUAUGGCACGUCUCUUAAUGAAGAUGAAGGGCAUAAACAAGGUGGGAGACAUUCUUGGCACUAACUUCAUCACAGGGAAGAUCCCAGGUUUUGAAGACUACCUCCAGAAUCUGAGGCCACGUCCAGGGGCAAGAAAUGACCUAAUCAGGGAGUACAAACAAAUGAGAUUUAACUGCAGUCAGCAAUCAGCGCACACGUCACCUGUGGCCUGCAAUGUGACAGACCCCCAGGAGGCAAACGAUGACUACCUGCUCCAUGCUGUGGACGUGACGGAGGCCUACAAUCAGAGAGUAGCAGUGUAUGCUGUAGCUCAUGCCAUCAAGAAACUUCUUCAGUGCAAUGACACUGCCUGCUCUGGGGAUACCAGCUUCAUGCCAUAUGAGCUUUUGAACAUUCUUCGUAAGGUGAACUUCACUUUGAACAAUCAGACAUACUCCUUCAAUGAAAAUGGUGAAUUUGAGAAUGGUUAUGAUGUCAUGAUGUGGAAACAGAACGGUGAUGAAAAAAUAUCAGAAGUGGUGGGAAAAUUCCUCAUAAUAAAUGGGGAUGUUACAAUCUAUGAGCACAAAAUCCCCUGGAACAACAAUACGGUGCCCUUGUCCAGGUGUUCAGAGCCAUGUCCCCCAGGCACAGUAAAGAACAUAUCAAAAAUCUCCUGUUGUUAUAAAUGUGCUAACUGUAGUGAGGGAUACUACUCUAAUGAGUGUGAUCAGGACACUUGUAAACAAUGUCCAGAAGGUUCUUGGUCUCUUCCAGGAUCGAGGGAGUGUCAGAAAUGGAACAUCUGGUUUUUGGAGUGGUCUUCAGCUUAUUCCAUUGUAGUGAUGAUUGGAACAGUAAUAGGUGCACUACUGCUGGUGUUCUCAUUUAUCUUUUUCAUUCUACACAGAGAAAAACCCAUCAUAAAGGACAUCUUAGUCAUUUCAUGUCUGAUGAAAUUUGGCCUGAUGGUGAGUUUUGGAGGUGUAAUACUUUUCUUAGGCAGCCCAAACAUCCAUCUUUGUAAAGCACAACAGACCAUGUAUGGUCUUGGGUUCACUCUCUGUGUGUCCUGCAUUCUGGUUAAGGCCCUUCACAUAUUCUUAGAGUUAAUGUCCUCUAAUCCUACAAAGCAGCGCAAACUAAGAAAGUUUGAUAAGCCCUUUGUCAUCAUAGGAAUCCUCACUGCUAUUCAAGCUCUCAUCUGUAUCUUCUGGAUGAAAUUUUAUCCUGUUGAUGUUGAGGAGAAACAAUCAAAAACUCAGUUACUUACCAUGAACCGUCUGUGCACUCAGGGCUCUCUGUAUGGCUUUGGUGCGAUGCAUGUCUACAUUGCUUUACUAGCUGUGCUAAGUUUUGGACUGGCCUUCAAGGGGAGAGAUAAUGACAAGACUGAUCCUAUAGUCUUCAGUAUGCUCAUCCAUCUGUUUGCUUGGCUUUGCUUUAUUCCAGUCUUUAUCACUCAAUAUGAAUCACGCCCCAUCGUCCAGAUCUCUGGCAUUAUGGUCUCAAACUAUGGAGUCAUCUUUUGUCACUUCACCCCAAAAUGGUUUAAGAUCCUCUCAGAAAAGUCUAAUACAUUGAAGGCAGUAAAACCCCUAAUUGAUCCUCAAACAGAUGACUCAGACUCUGGAGUGAUUUGUAGGACUUUAAAGGAGACAGUGUCAAUACUCAGCGUACCACAGAGCCGAUUCAGCACUGCAGAGUCAGAAAUGUCAGAAAUGUCCAACUUGGAUAGUAACAGCCUGCAUCUGUUAGAAGUUAGCAUUGCCUCAUUUAGGUGUCGGAGACCAAGAAGUCUACGAUCAAGGAGUUUAUAAGUCAUCUGUCUCACACAUUUGCUAAAGGGUAUAAGAUCCACUCAGAAAUUAAGAAUUUAAGUGUAACAAAUAAAAAUAACUAAAUCUUGCCAUAGAAGAAUUUUUGUCAGACUCUAGAGCAAGUGCAACUUCACAGAGACCUUAAGGGAGUCCACCACAAUA